AUGGAUGGAAAAGCAGCAGAAUUGCAUUUUCUGGAUGCCUUUGGAAUCGUGGGAGAGGCGUGCAAAAUCGUGCGCCGUGAGGCGAAACUCCUGGGAGGCAUUGCCCUCACCCUACUGCUGCCUCUUUCCUUCGUAAUCCAGGUCUACCGUUUAAUCUCAGAGCCCCUCCUCAGCAAAAUCAUGAUGAACGGUGAACUAUUGGGGAUAGAGGUGAGCAGCCCUGCUGCAGAAAGCAUCCGCCAUAACUUGCACUUCCAAAUUGCGGAGCUUUUACUGAUGACGGCGCUGUACGUAACCCUAGUCUUUGCCUUCUCGCUGCUGUCUAGGUCGGCAGUGGUGUACACCGUGGCAGCCACUUACGUAGGCAAGGAAGUGGUCUAUACAAAGAUUAUGAGAAUCGUACCCAGGGUAUGGAAGCGCCUCAUCCUGACUUUUCUCUGGUUUUUCCUCAUUAUGUUUCUAUACUAUGUGGUCAGUGUGCUUGCCAGCGUGGUGUGUGUGGUGGAGGAUAAACAAGGGUUGAGCGCCGUGAAGAAGAGCAAACAACUCAUGAAAGGAAAGCGGGACACGGCGUUGACGCUGAAUAUUUUGUACGGGCUUUUCAUGGUCGUUAUUGGUGGGGUUCAGAGCUAUUCAGUGUAUGGAAAGGGGCAGCAGCUGAUGAGCGUAGGCUUUAUUGUGAUGGUGGUGUUGUUACAGUGUGUUGUUGAUUUAGUAUGGCUGCUCACUCAUGCUGUGCUUUACUUUGUGUGCAAAUCCUGUCAUCGUGAGGAUAUAGAUUUGAAGGACUUGUCCAAUCAUUUGGAGACGUAUAAUGGAGGCUAUAUGCUUCUCAAAGAUGCCUCUGGACUUCCAGAUGUUUAG